UUAACCUGAAUUACCUGUGAUGUUUACAUUUUAGAGAGUGUCAAAGGGCGUGCUUCUCCUGUGAAUUUACGGUAUACCUAUACCUAAUUAUGUGAUUUAACUGGGCUUACGCCUUUGUCUGUUUAAUGGUGAUGUAGGAAAAUAAUGGAAACAACGAAUUCAGAAAAACCUCCCACAAGCAUCGAAAUCCAAGAGGGAGUUAAAAGAAGGGGUCGGAAGAGGGAAAAAUACAUUCCGUCUUCUGAGCCACUAGAGCUACCGUUCUGUCGCAUUUGUGGUAAGAGAGCAUCGGGGAUUCACUUUGGCGUGUACAGUUGUGAGGCCUGCAAGGCAUUCUUUCGGCGAUGUCUUCAGCGAACCACUCCAUAUAAAUGCGACAAAGGAGGGGACUGUGUAAUAGACGAGCAACAGAAAGGCCUCAACUGCUCAGCAUGUCGCCUCAAAAAAUGCCUGGAUCUUGGCAUGUCAAAAGAGGGCAUUCGUCAAGGACGCUAUACCGUGGCAGAACGAACAAACGUCAUAAUGGAAGUGAAGAAACUACAGGAAAAUGGUGUUAUACACCAGAAAAACAGACAGAACAAUUUAUCGUCAGAUUCAAGCAAUGGACAUCCAGUUUCCUCCGAACACACGUAUGCUUCAGAUUCUUCCCUUAACUUUUCUCCGGAUGUGCCCCGCAGUGAUGAAGUUUUCACUCCUCCGAAUUGCUCCCUCUCCCUGUCGGGUUCCAACAAAUCCCCCUCUUGCUCCUCCGUUCCUUCCAACUGUUCUGUAGUUGUUGAUGGUACUGCCUGUAUUAUUGAUUUUUCCGAGGAGGUUAGUAGGCAUGCCAUCACACCUAGCUCAGUUGAACAGACGUUGUGUGGAUCCGCGCCCGCAUCUAGUCAGCAGGAGGUAAAGCGGAUGAUGGAAAAUAUCAUGGUUGGAUACAACGCCCUCAAACCAUUUGAAACGACGCUGAAUGACCAGGAGCUGGAAGAAUUGUUCGAAGAAGGAUUUAAAAAAUAUAAAGAGAAGACCAGACUCUUUGGUGACAUGAAUUUCUUGCCAGCGGAUGAAUACAGAGAGAUCUAUGAGAAAACGAAUAUGGAUGUUGAUGGGCGGCUGAAAUUACUCCAAGAUGGUCGCCGUGAUAUGGUCCGGAUAGUGAGGGAAUAUGUACAGUUUACGCAAGGAAUUCCAGACUUCCGGACGUUAUCUCCCAAAGAUCAGGCCACGCUUUUAAAAGCAUCCCGUUUUGAGUUUUUCGUUAUUCUGCAAUACCGGUCUAUCGACUUUGAGCGGGAAGUCAUUAUCACAUACACUGGUCAGACCCAUCAUUUUACGGAAAUAUGUGCGUAUACACCAAUAGAGGUAUUCAGGAAUUGGUUCGAAUUUUCCAAGAGGGUGAAAGAAUUCAAUUUCACCCCCGAAGAGCAUGCACUGGUUCUCGCUAUAUCAUUAACAUUCCGAGACAGAUGUUCUUUAGAAGAACCUGACAAAGUUGAGAAAAUUCAGACUACGUUGAUAGAGACGCUCGGAAAUCUUUUGGAGGAAACCCACGGGAAUUCAGGAGGCAGACGCCUUGCCAAAAUAAUGGACAUGUUUAUCCGUCUACGGGCUCUAGGGGAAGAGUACCUCCAGCUGUAUAAAACCUUGUGUAAAGACAAAUUUUUGAUAAAAGUUAUUCCGGAAAUGCUUCAGUUUUUGUUUGAUGAAUAAUGCUCAAAAGUAUACACUGUACGAUGUUACAUACUUGAACGUUCUUAAUAUAAACAAUUUUUUAAAGAAUUAAACCAUUCCAUAACA